AGCACGAGACUGCUGACUGACAGAGAAGACUGAAGAGGACAAAAUAUGACAGCGCGCGGGAAGAGAAAACUCAAAGCCACUCUGCAGGAGUCAACCGAUGGGGAGCUUAAGAAAGCAAGAUCGGAAAACGAUGGAAGACCCCUGUCCGAGGUGCGUUCGGAGUUGAGAGAGGAGGUGGAGCAGCAUUAUAAACUUAGGAUGCCGGAAGACUUUUACCACUUUUGGGAUUUUUGCCGGUGUCUGCAACCAGACAACCCUCGGGAGGCUUUGGUGGACACCCUGGGUUUGCGUCUGGUUGGCCCAUUUGACAUCCUGGCGGAGGCCCACAGAAGCUCAUCCAAGCACCAGCCUAACUUCCACCUCCACUGGAGGUACUAUUACGACCCCCCAGAGCUGCAGACCAUACUACAGGGGAGCAUGGACAACCAGCACCACAUGGGCUAUUACAGAGAUUCUCCAGACUCCUUGCCUGCUUUGGUUGGAGAGAAUGAAGCCAAGAAGGGAUGUACUAUCACCCAGAUGGGGGACAAUGUGUUUGCUGCCGUCUACCUGUUCCUAUCCAAAAAGAGGAAAAACCGGGGCUGGGCUAAGGAAGGGGGCGCAGCUCUGGACUCUCUGGAGGCCGGGCUGAAGGAGAAGAUGGAGGCUCUGAGCUUCUCUAUGGAGCAGAAAACCAAAGCCAUGAAACUGAGGGACAAGAAGGUGGUCACCAAGACGUUCCACGGUGCAGGCAUCGUAGUCCCUGUGGACAAGAAUGACGUUGGAUACCGGGAGCUGCCCGAGACAGACGCGGGACUAAAAAGGAUCUGCAAGGCCAUCGCUGAGGCCUGUGAUGACGAGGAGAGGAUGAAGUCCUUUGCGCCGCUCCAGGAGAUGAUCACGUUUGUCCAGUUCGCCAACGAUGAGUGUGACUACGGCAUGGGCUACGAGCUGGGCAUCGACCUCUUCUGCUACGGCUCUCACUACCUCUACAAGGUGAUCCGCCAGCUGCUGCCCCUGGCCUACAGCCUGCUGGGCCGGACCCUGUUUGGGGAUAUCCUGGAGACACAUCUGUCCUGCCGCUCUCGUGACAACCUCGACCAACUCGCCCCUGUGUGAGGAGCAGGAGGAGGAGGAGGAGGAGGAGGAGAUCAGAAAGAAGAUGGAUGCUGUUUCGUGGACUCUCCAUCACUGUCAUUGUUUGUUGGUGUUGUUUUGGUACUGUUUUCAGUGGGGUUUGUGCCUGUGUGUAGAUGCCUAAUAAAGUAUUCUAUUUUUUAA